AUGUCAGGACUUGAAAUAGCAGCAGCAGCAAUACUUGGAAGUCAGCUAUUAGAAGCAAAAUAUUUGAUUAAAGAUGACGUCAAAUUGGCAGGUAAGGUAGUCGCCAAUGCUUUGCCUUACAUAUGGAAGUCCCUGAGAGGAAAAGCUUCCUAUUGGUACUAUUUUGAAGAAUCUGCAAGAAAGUACAAAGAUAAUAAAGCUUUGGCAUUUCCAAGACCCAAGAAGAACCCACCUCCAGUCAAAACCGAUGCCGAGGGUUUCAAAAUUCUUGAUGACCAAUUUGAGGUUGAAGAAUAUACUUACAAGGAGUUGUAUAACAUGGUUUUGAAAUUUUCCUACAUCUUGAAGAACGAGUAUGGUGUCACUGCAAAUCAAACCAUUGGGGUGGAUUGUAUGAACAAACCAUUAUUUAUCGUAUUGUGGUUGGCAUUGUGGAAUAUUGGCGCUUUGCCAGCGUUUUUAAACUUCAACACUAAAGACAAACCGUUGGUUCAUUGUCUCAAGAUAGCAGAUGUUACGCAGGUAUUUAUUGACCCAGAUUGUGCUGGACCGAUAAAAGAAACAGAACAACAUAUACAUGAAGAGUUACCACAUGUCAAGUUACAUUUCCUCGACGAGUUUGCUUUGUUUGACAGAUUGCAAUCGAAAUCAACUCCAAAAUACAGGGCCAAAGAUGAAACCAGAAGACCACAAGAUACAGAUUCCAGUGCAUGUGCUUUGAUUUAUACAUCUGGUACCACUGGUUUACCAAAGGCUGGUAUUAUGUCUUGGAGAAAGGCUUUUAUGGCUUCUGUGUUUUUUGGAUACAUCAUGAAAGUUGGAGACAAUUCCAACGUUUUGACUGCUAUGCCGUUAUACCACUCUACUGCCGCUAUGUUGGGAGUUUGUCCAACUUUGUUGAACGGUGGAUGUGUUUCAAUCGCCCAAAAGUUUUCGGCUACUUCGUUCUGGACCCAAGCUAGAUUAGUUGGAGCCACUCAUAUCCAAUAUGUGGGUGAGGUUUGUCGUUAUUUAUUAAACUCUGCUCCUCACCCAGAUCAGCAAAGACACGACGUCACUAUCGCUUAUGGUAAUGGUUUAAGACGUGAUAUCUGGACUGAAUUCAAAAACAGAUUCCAUAUUCAAGGUGUUGGUGAAUUCUAUGCAGCCACUGAAUCACCAAUUGCCACGACAAACAUUCAAUAUGGAGAGUUUGGAAAGGGUGCUUGUAGAAAAUAUGGUUCAUUAAUUACAUUGUUGCUUAACACGCAACAAAAGUUGGUCAAGAUGGAUCCAGAAGAUGAAAAUGAAAUGUGGAAGAACCCAAAGACUGGAUUCUAUGAAGAAGCUAACUACAAUCAACCGGGUGAGUUAUUAAUGAGAAUUAUUAAUCCACAAGACGUGAGUAGAUCAUUCCAAGGUUACUACGGAAACAAGAAGGCUACCAGUAGCAAGAUCUUAUUUGAUGUUUUCAAAAAAGGUGAUGCUUGGUUCAGAUCUGGUGAUUUGUUGAAAAUGGAUGAAGAUGGAUUAUUCUACUUUGUUGAUAGAUUGGGAGAUACCUUCCGUUGGAAAUCAGAAAAUGUUUCUGCCACCGAAGUCGAAAACGAAUUGAUGGGUUCAAACGCCAUUAAACAAUCUGUCGUUGUUGGUGUACAAGUUCCAAAUCAUGAGGGUAGAGCUUGUUUUGCAGUUAUUGAACCAAAAGAUGAGUUGGAACAUGUUGAUGUUUUGAAAAAGAUUUUUGACCAUUCUCAAAAAUCAUUACCUAGUUAUGCACAACCUGCAUUCGUCAAGAUUGGAUCUAUUGAGGCUUCGCAUAAUCAUAAAGUUCCUAAAAACCAAUUUAAAAAACAAAAGUUACCAAAGGGAGAAAGUGGUGAUGAGCUUAUUUAUUGGUUGAAUGGAAACAAGUACAGUGAAUUGACAGAGGCUGAUUGGGCUCAAAUUUGUGCUGGUAAAGCUAAAUUAUAG